AAUCUUAUAAUAUUUGAUAUUAAAAAAGAAAUGGAUUUGGUGGGCCAUAAAUUGAAAGUAAUAUUUGUAUACUUUAAAGAGUCUCAUUAUUGAAAAAUUAGACUUUACAUAAGUUGCUAAAUUGAGAAGUGGGUAUAGUAUCACCAUUGGAGGUAAAAGACAACUCAUUUUGUAUUCAAUAGCCAAAUGAGUUUCACCAUUGGAGGUGGUCGUAAUCUCAACUUUGGAGUAUUUAUUUAUUAAUCCAAACUUUAUAUCCCGUUCGCCAAAAACACUCCAAACUAAUCAUCCAACCUAAUAUUACAGGUUUCAAGACACGUGUCAACAUAUAAUUGGAGUAAAAUAAAUAAAUAAAAGAAAAAAAAAACACCAACACAACCACCUACGCCCAGCGCCCAGCCACCAACGGCCAACCCAACCAUCUUCAACCCAAGCGUCACCCGCCGCCCUUCUCCUCUUCCGCGGCGCUGCUUAACCACCCACCCCAUUCCCUUUAGCCGUUCACUUGACAUAUGCGUACCUCAUGAUCAAUCGCAGCGACUGGCUCCCUAAUUCUAAAUAACGCGACCCCUCUAGAUUUAUUGCCAAAUAAUCGUUCAAUUGACAUGAUUUUCAACAGAUUACUCAACUUCCUUUUGGUUUAGUAUGUAAGUGCUCCUUAAUCGAUGUUUGCUUCGCGAUAAAUUCUGUUAAGCAAUUCUCUCUCUAGUAAUCAUAGGGUUUCGUUUAGCUUCCUUCUAGAACACCGUAAGUUAAACUUUUGACUCGCGUCCAACGAUUGAUUACGGUAAAAUAUUAAAAUAUUGUUAAUGACAAUUAUAACCCGAGAUAAACAAAAUCCGUUUCUCAACGAGAUCAACUUGUAUUUACUCUUCUUUUUCCUACCUUUGUAAAACCAAAUAUCAGUUUUCCCUCCUUCCUAAUCUAAUCAGAAUAUCGGACCCCAAUUCGCCGCCGUUCGUCGGAGCUUCUGUCGGAGGUUGAAAGCGCAAGUUUCUGUCGGAGUUUUCCUUCAGAUGGACAGGGAAGUGUCAGAACGUCAAGUGAAAGAACGUUCGAGGACAAGGUGGACAGCUGCCCUUGAUAAAAUCUUUGCAGACUUGGUUGUGGAGCAGAUUCAAUUGGGAAAUAGGCCAAAUAACGUUUUUGACAAGAAGGUGUGGGGCUACAUACGUGAUGAAUUUAAUAAGCGAACGGCUCUAAACUUCAAUAACAACCAAUUGAGAAAGCACCUAGAUGUUCUUCGUGCUCGGUAUAACCAGGUUAAGUCUGCUUUAGUUCAAAAUGAUCUCAUCAUGGAAGAUUCAUGCUGUGGUGGAUUUGAUUUAUGGGAAGGCAUAGAGGUUAAUCCUAAACCAGAGCCAGCUAAAAUCAGGGACUGCCCCAUUUAUGAGAAAUUGUGCACUAUAUUCGCUGACAAUGGUGCUGAUGGGAGAUAUGCCCAGUCAAGCCAUUAUGAAGAAGUGGAGCAUAAAUCUAGUGCUAAUAAUGCUAAUCCUCUAGGCUCAAGCUGUGGUAUAAAAAUUGAGCCACCAACUCCUGAAGCUCCGUUGUUAAUGAAAUCCAUGGAUGUCAAUACUACUUCCUUUUUGAAGGGAGGUAAGACUGAUUGUGAGAAAAAGAGAAAGCAUACAUCGGAUGUGGAUCAAAAUGAUCAACAACGUAGGAACCAUAAGAUACUUGAUUCUAUGGCAGAAGCAAUGCUAGGUAUGAUUGACUCCUUUAAGCUGAGGACAAUUACAAAGACGGAAAGUAAGGAGAGGUUUUCUAUCACAAAUUGCAUCAAGGCAUUGGAUGAAAUUGAAAACAUGGGAGAGUCGUUAUACUUUUCGGCUUUGGAUCUCUUUGAUGACCCUAACAUCAGAGAAACCUUCAUAUCUCUUAAAGGUGUUGACAGAAGAUUGAGUUGGUUACAGGUGAAGUGCAGUACUACUAAUUGCUUUGAAGUACAAGGGCAAACCAGAGAUCAUUAUUGGACACAUUCGGUGCAGAUAAACUGAUAUUGGAGUGAAUUUGUUUGUAAGUAUCAAGACAAACUAGGGGUAAUUCAAUGGAAGUAGAUAAAGUGAUUACAAACAUAUGUACUAUUUUACUGCAUCAGCAUCACUAAAUGAAUGGAGUAAUGUAAAUAGUGCACCUCAUUCUUGCACCAUGCUAUUGUUUCAAUAAGGUUAAUUAAGGUUGCGUAGAGAAAGUAGAAAUAUUAUGUCGAUAAUAAUGUGAUUAAUGUCCAUGUUUAGCUCACGAAUGCAGCUCAUUACUGCUGAUGGUGCCGAUUAAUUAUUACCAUCACAACCAUGCAUUCUCUGGGUGAGGGGGGGAAAAAAAGAAAAAAGAAAAAACGAGAUUCAAAAUCUAAAAUAUCUGCUGAAUUCAUCAGCAUGCUGCAUUUUACAAAUAAUGUUACUUUACAAGAGAAAAAAAAAAAA